CUCGUUCUGCGCGAGCGGCGGCGUCGGCGGCUGGAGCCCGGGCCGGGCUGUCGGAGCCCCCCGCGGGUUGGGGCCGGUGCCGCCCACGCCCCGGAGCCGAGCGGGGCCGAGCGGGGCCGAGGUCGGCCGCCAUGGCCUUCCCCCACCGGGUGGACGCCCCGGAGCUGCCCGACUUCUCCCUGCUCAAGCGCCUGGCGCGGGACCAGCUCAUCUACCUGCUCGAGCAGCUGCCUGGGAAGAAGGACUUGUUCAUUGAGGCUGAUCUCAUGAGCCCUUUGGAUCGAAUUGCCAAUGUCUCCAUCCUCAAGCAACACGAAGUGGACAAGCUGUACAAGGUGGACAAUAAGCCACUCGUCAGCUCCAGUGAGCAGCUCUGCUUCCUGAUCAGGCCCCGAGUGCAGAACCUGCGCUAUAUCGCCAACCUUGUCAACGCCGACAAGCAGGCAGGCCGCAUGCGGAGAUAUAAGAUCAUCUUCUGUCCUCAGAAGUUCUAUGCCUGCGAGAUGGUGUUGGAGGAAGAGGGCAUCUAUGGAGAUGUGAGUUGCGACGAGUGGGCCUUCUCCUUGCUGCCGCUUGAUGUGGACUUGCUGAGCAUGGAACUGCCUGAGUUUUUCAGAGACUACUUCCUGGAAGGGAAUCAGCGCUGGAUCAGCACCGUGGCCCAAGCCUUGCAGCUCCUCAACACACUCUACGGGCCCUUUCCCCACUGCUAUGGCCUGGGCAGGUGUGCCAAGAUGGUGCAUGAACUGUGGAGGACCCUGGAGGAGGAGGAGGAGGGUGAAGUCAAGGGCCGCCGGCCCGAAAUCGGCCAUGUUUUCUUCCUGGACCGAGAUGUGGACUUUGUGACGGCACUGUGCUCCCAGGUGGUCUACGAGGGCCUAGUGGACGACACCUUCCGAAUCAAGUGUGGGAGCGUGGACUUCGGCCCCGACAUCACGGCUUCAGAUAAGAGCCUGAAGGUGCUGCUCAAUGCUGAGGACAAGGUCUUCAAUGAGAUCCGCAACGAACACUUCUCCAAUGUCUUCAGCUUCCUGAGCCAGAAAGCCCGGAACUUGCAGACUCAGUAUGAUCGCCGGAGAGGGAUGGACAUCAAGCAGAUGAAGGACUUCGUGUCCCAGGAGCUCAAGGGGCUGAAGCAGGAGCACCGGCUGCUGAGUCUCCACAUCGGGGCCUGCGAAUCCAUCAUGAAGAAGAAAACCCGGCAGGACUUCCAGGAACUCAUCAAGACUGAGCAUGCACUGCUGGAGGGCUUUGGCAUCCGGGAGAGCAUCAGCUACAUCGCCGAGCAUAUAGACCGGCAGGUCUCACCCAUAGAAAGUCUCCGCCUCAUGUGCCUGUUGUCUGUCACUGAGGACGGACUGACCCCGAAGGAUUACCGCUCCCUGAAGACACAGUAUCUGCAGAGCUAUGGCCCCGAGCAUCUCCUCACCUUCUCCAACCUGCGCCGGGCUGGGCUGCUGACGGAGCAGGCCCCGGGGGACACUCUGACUGCCGUGGAGAGCAAGGUCAGCAAGCUGGUGACUGAUAAGGCUGCAGGCAAGAUCACGGAUGCCUUCAGCUCUCUGGCCAAGAGGAGCAACUUCCGCGCCAUCAGCAAGAAACUGAACCUGAUCCCCCGUGUGGACGGCGAAUACGACCUCAAAGUGCCCCGAGACAUGGCCUACGUCUUCAAUGGUGCCUAUGUGCCCCUCAGCUGCCGGGUCAUCGAGCAGGUCCUGGAGAGGCGCAGCUGGCAGGGCCUGGAGGAGGUGGUGCGGCUACUCAAUUGUGGGGAACUGUUGUUUGCAGACGUGAGCAAGGAGGACAAGGCGCCCAGUGAGUCUUCACGCCUCAUCCUGGUGGUGUUCCUGGGCGGAUGCACCUUCUCCGAGAUCUCAGCCCUGCGCUUCCUGGGCAGGGAGAGAGGAUAUAGGUUCAUCUUCCUGACCACAGCAGUGACCAACAGUGCGCGCCUCAUGGAGGCCAUGAGUGAGCUGAAGGGCUGAAGCUGCCCCUUACCGCCCUCCCUGGAUGCGCUCCCCACUGGGCUCCCCCCACAAACAUGGGGGACAGGACUGAUGGGACCCCUGAGUUCCGUGUUCUGCUGGGAUUCCUGUGAGUGAAAUGCUGUGCUGAUAAGAUUCUGAGGGACACCCCCUCCUCUGCCUACUCAGCCCAAUAAAGCCCUGGAUUCCUGCUCA